UCUAUGUUUGUAGUACACACAUGUACAACUAAAGAUAAAUUCAACAAUGGAAGUAAAACUAAAAGCCCAAGACUUGAUAUCAACGCAAAGAAGAUGGUACUCAUCUGAAACACUUGAAAGCGUAUAUUAUAAGGUACCUGUCAAGAGACGUUCGAAAAUCGAAAAGAUCAAGGACAACUGCUUUUGCUCUAGAACACGCGUUUGGAAAGUGUUGACAACACUGCUACCUAUAAUUAAAUUCAUUAAGAAAUACAAAACGUCAAACAUCCUCGGUGAUUUCCUUAGCGGUCUUACAGCAACAUUUUUACACCUUCCACAGGGGCUUGGGUUCGGAAUAUUAGCGGGACUCCAACCAAUCAAUGGCGUGUACACAACUUUCUUUCCUGUUUUGAUAUAUAUGUUUUUUGGGACGUCUCCACACGUUUCUUUCGGAUCUAAUGCAGUCAUGGCUCUUUUGACACAUACUGUUGUCCAACGCGAGGCUGAUCGCUAUUUAGGCAGCAACACAUUGCAUUUAAUAUCCACGAUUAAUCAUACAAAUGAGUCUACGGGAAACAAUUCUACUCGUUAUUUACAAAACGACUUGGAGGACAUCAAAGUUGGAGCCGCCAUGACAGCGUCCUUACUAACAGGGUUCAUUUUAGCCGGACUUGGUAUUUGUCGUCUUGGAUUUCUGACAAGAUACAUGUCCGUUAGUUUUAUCGGCGGUUUUACAACGGCAUCAGCAAUUCAUAUUGCUUCAAGCCAAGUUCCUAAAAUGCUUGGAAUCGCCGUGUCACCACACUCUGGAGCAGGAAAGUUAGUAAAGAUGUACAUUGAGCUUUUCUCAAAUAUAAAAUUAACCGUUAUUUCUGAACUUUUAGUUGCAGUAAUUACAAUUAUUAUAUUACUCAUUGUAAAAAUUCUGAUUAACGAAAAAUAUAAAGAUCGCAUGAAAAUACCAAUUCCCAUUGAUUUUAUCGUUGUAAUAAUAGGGACUAUCGUUUCAUAUUUUGGAAAAUUUGAAGAAAAAUUCGAUGUAAAAAUUGUAGGAGAUAUUCCUUCAGGAUUUCCCAUGCCUAAAGUUCCGGCAUUACACACUGCAUCUACAAUGAUAAUGGACUGUUUUGUGAUGGCAAUUUUAUCUCUCGCGAUGACAAUAUCAUUAGCAAAACUAACUGCCAAAAAACAUGGAAUAUCCAUUGAUAAUAAUCAGGAAUUGAUUGCAUAUGGCAUUAGUAACAUAGGGUCAUCGUUUUUCUCUUGUUUCCCACAAGCAACAGCAGCCCCUAGAACAAUGGUUCUAAGCAAUUUGGGCGCGAAAUCAACAUUGAAUGCCAUACCAACUGGAAUUAUUAUAUUGCUUAUUAUUUUGUGGAUAGGAACUCUUUUCGAAUCACUGCCUGUUGCAAUCUUGGCAGCUAUGAUAAUUGUGGCUAUGAAGAACCUAUUGAUGCAGUUUGGAGAUAUACCAAGGCUUUGGCGAAUAAAUAAGUUUGAUUGUAUAAUUUGGCUGAUUACUUGUUCUGUAUCGGUACUGGUAGAUUUGGAAUAUGGACUCAUGGCUGGCAUAGGCUUCUCAAUAUUAUCCAUAGUGAUUCAAAAUCAAAUGGCAUCCGGCAAAGUUAUUGGUUAUUCUGACCGAGAAGACAUAUUUGUAGAUUCGAAAAACCGUGUUCACGUCAUCGAAAUCAGUUCUAUCAAAAUCUUCCAAUAUCAAGCACCACUGCAUUUUGCGAAUGCAGAAAAUUUUAGAAAAAUAUUAUAUAGUCAAGUUGCAGACGCCAUUCAUCUUAAGAAAACAAAAGAAAAAUAUGAACUCGUUAAAGUUGAAAAUCAGGAUGUAUCUGAGAAAGGGAAGAAACUUGAUGAAAUCGUCCGUCACAUUAUUCUUGACUUUCAAAUGAUCAGUAAUGUUGAUUUAUCUGGAAUAAACAUUCUUACUCAGAUCAUGAAGGAGUACAAAGCCGUUGAUAUAGAGAUAUACAUUGUAAAGUGUUCUUCAAAAAUCACAGAAACACUAAGAGCAGCUGACUUCUUUGAAAACUUUCCAAAAGAGAAUUUGCUUUAUGAUUUGGCAGAUGCAGUUUAUGUUAUUAACUCAAAUAAAGCUACCGAUAACAAUGAAAAUACCACAACGAAAUCAGAUUUGAGUGAAAACACGAAGCUUUGAACAAUGCGAAAUGUCCAAAUUCCAAUUACAUAGACACACAACUAUACACAACUUAUAGUGCAUUCCCAUGAUACGUUUCCAUAUUUGUUUACUUUGAUUACUAUUUCUUAAAAGUGGGAAUAAAAUUUGUUGACAAGAAAUAAAUAAAAAUCUGAAGCGGCCGAUUUCAGGUCUUCAAAAACAAACUGAUUAUGUCGGUUCUGUGCGGAAAUUCAGCGUUUCUUCGAAAACACAAAUGUUUGAAAUACUUUAUGAACGUGAACCAGGUUGUAGGGGGAACAUUGCAGAAUGUUGAUUCUUCUUGUUAUACUAAAUGGAAAAUAAUUCAGAUUUUAAUUCAGCGUUUCAGAGCACUGAUCUUAAUAUCGGGAUUUCGUAAAGUGAAAAAAAAACGGAAAAUCCGAAACAACACUUGGUGUGUUCAACUGUCCAAAAAAUAGUCGAAUUUACGGAGUACCUCACAUUUUAAGUAGAGGACGAGGACUAUCUCAUUAAAACUUGACCCCCUUUAAUCUUACGAAUAAGAAACAUGUCUGGCUUUCGUAAACAUCGAUUUUAGAUAGUACAUUGAAAAUAAACUCAUCAUAGAUACCAGGACUAAGUUUUAUAUAUGAAAGUACUGCCACUCAAAACAUGCAAUAUGAUUAUCAACAUUCUGUUCAUUAUUGUCGAGCCUUUCGACUUUAGUCGAAAAAGCGAAACUAAGCGAUCCUACAUUCCGUCGUCGGCGUCGUCGUCGGCGGCGUCCACAAAUAUUCACUCUGUGGUUAAAGUUUUUGAAAUUUUAAUAACUUUCUUAAACUAUACUGGAUUUCUACCAAACUUGGACAGAAGCUUGUUUAUGAUCAUAAGAUAGU